AUGCACUUUUCAAUGAGCAUAAGUCAGAUUGAGUUGCUGAAUGGCUCAAAUUUCAAGAAAUGGAAGAGUGACAUUGAAUUGAAUCUGGGAGUUCUAGACUAUGAUCAUGUUUUGAAAGAAGAUCCACCAGAAGCAUUGCCCGCAAUUGCAAGCAAGGAAAGCAAAGAAAAAUAUGAGAAGUGGUACAAGCACAAUAAGAUGGCACUGAUCAUGAUCAAGAAGAGCAUAACUGAGAAUGUGAUAGGAGGUAUUCCAGACUCAGAGUUUGCAAAAGUGUUCUUCAAUUCCAUUGCAGAAAAAUACAAGGUUUCCAACAAAGCAGAAACUGGAAAGCUUAUGAAAUCUCUCAUGAGGUUGCAGUUCAAUGGAAAAGGGAGUGUUAGAGAAUAUAUAUUGAAGGGUUCUGACAUUGCUGGGAAACUCAGAGGACUAAACAUGGCUGUUGAAGAUCCAUUCCUUUUGAGGAUGAAAUUAAGAAGAAGGGAAAAGAAGUGUCAGUGA